AAAAGAAAUACAAAGAAAGGCAAAAGCCAGUCCCUGCCCUCCAGGAGCUCCCAGUCUGAUGGGGCAGAUCCCAUGCAAACAGCUGUAGAUGGAAGAUCCCUCUGCAGAAUAAAGUGGGAAGAAGCAGCAGAGGGAAGGCCCUAGUGAUGGGGCAGAGACCCUGGGCCCUAGCCUGAAAGGGAUGUGGAGCAAUAAAACGUCUUCUCUGUUGCUCCCCACAUGUCUCCUGCAAAACCGGAUCUGGACUUCUUCUUGGGCUUUUUGUAAAAGCGACAUCCCAACUUCUUACCUGACUCCUUCCCUAAAUAACACCACCUUGUUAAAAGGCAUCCCCUCAACUGAGUGCACCACAAGAACACAGUAUUUCCGCUCUUUCUGUUCUCGUUCGCUUGCACUUUAUUUUCUCUCUCACUUUUUCCUCAUCUUGACCCGAUUUUUCUUGUACAGCAAGACGGCUGUAUAAAUAUUUCUGCAUAUAUUGGAUGGAACAUGUAUCUUACCAUGUCUAACCUAUAUUGGAUGGCUGGCCAUCUAGGGGAGGGGGUGGGGAAGGAGGAGAAAAUCUGAAAGCCGAGGCUAGGCAAAGGGCAAUGAUGAAAAGUUAUCCAGGUAUGUGUUUUGUGAAUAAAAACUUUAAUAAAAAAAAGAAGAAUUUUUUUAAAAAGCCAUCCCACCUCCUUACCUGAAUGGAAAGACAGCCUGAUUCCUCCCUUCUCUGUACCUUGCUCUCCACAGGGAGGCACCAUACGAAGCCCCAGAUUUCAGCAGCUAAAGCUCUCCCAAGCUCGUUCUCAUCCAGACUCUCCCAGAGACCAAUCCCUCAGCGAUGGCGUCCAUCCGUUUUUGGUGGCUACAAGAGAAUCUCGUCGAAUCCUUUCAAACUCUGAACCACGAUCCGUGGCGCUUAACUGGGAUUGGGGGAGGGGAGGGCUGGGGGAGAUGGGAUUUUUAACCAAGGUGUGAAGAAAACCAGGGAAGCCAGAGAUGAGGAGGGAGGGGAUUCCAGGCAUGAGACUCAGCCCGAGGAAAGGCCCAGAGAUCGGAGAUGGAGAAUCUGCCGGGGAGAAGUGUGAGGAGCGAUAACAACGUGGGGUCUGGUACAAAAGCUGGGGCCUUUGCCCUUCACAAAGCAGCAUCUUCCCCUCUCGGGGACAUCGGCUCCUCUCUCUAGGAAAUGAAUUCGAAUUCCAGCCAUCACAGAGGGAGUUGGAGGGCGGGGAAGGCUUCCCGACAGUUCCUCUGGCAGUCCAGGUUUUCAGUUGUCCAGUUCAGCAUUUGUUAUGUGCCGGGCUCUGACAAACGGCCUCCACUUUGCUCUGGCUCUACGGAGUCCCUGGGGAAGGGCUGGACAGGUGUAAUCCCGCAACUGUCCACUAGGGGUUAGGGCAUCUCCACAGAUGUCACUGUCCCCUGUGACCCAGGAGAUGGAUCUGAGCUAAUCAGGGCUGGGAAAGGAGGGGGGUGGCGGGGCAGUAGGUGCCAGGGAAUGAAAGAGCCUCCUUCCUUAUUGUCCUCUCCCUUAGAGACCAGCUAACAACGCAGGUCCUGGCUACCUGUCCUGUGUAAGCCCGCGGGACCCAAGGAGGCAACUGGAUCCAGGUGACGCGGGCAGACCCCCACCAGCCUUGCCCGCUGCCCACCGCUGCUCCCGCCUCCUGUGGACACCGAGGCAGCCAUGAACAGGAUCUUUCCUCAGCCGAGGACUCUGGAUGGAAACCCAGCGGGGGAAAACAAGGCCUUUGAAAGUGAAGAAGAUUGUUGCAGCCCCUUCUCCUGCUGCACCCGCCGAGGUUUCUGGAUCUCCGCCUGGACCCUGACCCUCCUUGGAUCUCUGUCUCUCAUCCUCUGGCUGGUCAGCAGCUUUGCACUCCCACCGUCAUCCCCAAUGACCAGGGUCUGUGCGACCACGUCCAACCGGACAGGGUUCCUGUGUGAUGACCGGAAAACUUGCCUCCCCGCCAGCCUCCUGUGUGACCGUGUCCGGGCCUGUGCCCACGGAGAGGACGAAGAAGAGGCCUUGUGUGGGAACGUCCCCCACAGCCUCCCCAGUUUCUUGGUGUUCCGAUGCGGCGACCUCAGCUCCUGGACCUUCGAGGAUCAGAAGUGCAACGGCUUCAAUGACUGUGGAGACUGCUCUGAUGAAGGCUCCCGGGCCGGCUGCCCGCCCUGCGGCCCCCAGUGGUGGAGCUGCCCCUCCACCCUCUACGAGUACUGCGGCUGCGUCCCUCGGCGCCUCUGCCGGGACCGCGUUCAGCACUGCUCGGACUGGUCAGACGAGUACCUGUGCCCCCGGCCCUGAGGAGCCCGGCCGGCCUCGCCUCCACCACCGCUGGGCCCCCGCAGGGAGCGGAAGGAGAGCCCCCCGCCGGCCCGGGCUGCCCCGACUCCUUCCCAGGCCCAGACCCUCGCGCCCUCCAUCGGGGCAGCAGAAGCCUGGCUUUCGGGCCCACUUUUCCUCCUCACUGUGAUGUGGCCAAGUGACAGCCGGGAGCCUCCCUGCUCCUGGGCCCGGUGGGGGCCGGCGGCCUCUUCCAGCCUCCGUCCUCCCAACCCCCCAGCAGAGGGAGCGGGAUGGGGGCGCAGGCUGCGGCCGAAGCCUGAUCAUCGUGGGUCUGAUGGGGAAUGGAGAGAGCCACGGGGGGAGGGCCGGGGAAGGACGGGGCUACAUUGGACUGGACAGCGCAGAGGAUCAGACACCGAGGCCCCUCCCCAGUGGGCUGGCGCGGGCUCCGGCCUGGCCUGGCAGUGCAAUGACCUUGGCUGAGCCCCCCGUGCCCGACCUGAGCAUCCGUUUCAAGGCUGGCCUGGCGGGGCGUGAAGGUUGCCCCUCUCCCAGGCCGGGGACACAGGAGCCACCACUUCCCUCUGCCUCUCGGGAAGCCCUCGGGGAGGGGGCCCAGGGCCAUCUCCCUGGCACUUUCAUUGCUCAGCUGCCCCACUGCCGCUGCCCACCUGGAGCUCGGGGGGCCAGAGCUCCCUCGUUCCCUUGGCGUCACUAAGGAGCUGCCGUGGCAACCUGCCCAGCAACGUCUCCAUGAGUCUCCCGUGGGGAGAGAGCUCCUUCCUCCUCCCCCUUCCCUCCGCUCAUUCAGUGCCACUCGAGGCUCAGGUGCCAGGAGAACAAAGGAGGCCCCAGGCGCCGGGCGCCCUCUGUCAAUAUUUACCACCUCCUGGAGGCCAGGCCCCGGGUCUGGGAUCAGGGUGUUACAUACACAGGCCCUGUGCUAUUCAAACAGGAGACAGAAGGCUGAGAGCCCUUAGGGUGGGCGCAGGUCACGCUCCGUGGUCUCAGCCUGAGACAUUUCCCCUUUAACCCUUCUGGCUCUGGCGUCUCCCUUGGACUCCCAGAGAGCCCCAGUGGUCCCGGAGAGUCCCAGUGGUCCCGGAGAGCCCCAGUGGUCCCGGAG